GUGAUCAGAAAAGUAGGGGCAAGGUCUCUCGGGUCGCUAGUAGUCAGCCAGUUCUGGUAUAAAGCAAUCUACAUACGAAUGGAUUCCAAACGCGCGUCAACGUUUCAACGAGAAAGACGGGUACAAUCGUUCAAUUUCUUCAACGAGAAGGAAAAAAGAGAGAAAUCUUACAGUUAUAAUCCUUUCAAAUCGCGCGUGUAUCAAAUAACUUUAUUGUUUUGGGAUAUCUUUCUACGACGGCCUGUGAUCGAUUUACAAUAUUUUACAUUGAUUUAUUGACUGACUUUUCGCAUUGAAGGGAACAACUGACUUUUGAAUAAGGAAUAGAAAAUCAAAAUGUCUCAGCCUAAUUCAUCAUCUAGUAAUUCUGGAAAUUCUGGUCAUCCUGAUAAUUCUGGCAAUAUUGGUAACCAUGGUAAUUCUAAUGGUAAUAAUUUUCGUCAACCUGGUAAUUCUGCUCGAGGAAGAUGGAUCAGAGGUCGAAAAUCAAUAGGUCGAACUUUUCCUCCAGGUCAAUGCAUUUGUACCAGAGAAAAUUCUCUUGUAGUCUGCAAUGCUUGUGGAUUUUUUAAAACUGGCAGAAUACAUCAUUCCUGUCCUGUUCAUCAUCAGAUGAGCUGCGAUUUGCUACCGGAAUGGCUAAAUCUUUUCCUGGACGACGUGGAAACUACUUUGUGUUUGCCGAUAUUGAUUGUUAUGGUUCUUUGCACCAUACAGUUCAUAAUUAAUCAUGCUAUGGACAUUGGACUAACCGUGUAUCAGAACAUUGUGCAAAAAUCAGACGAAGACGAGGAGGUAGUUGAAAAGGAGAAGGGCGAGAAUUUAAUCACCAAGAUCAAA